CCGCGCAGCUCCCGGCCGGCCCCUCGCCCCACGUCAGCAGCGCAGGCCCUGCCGCCGGGGUUGUCUCCUACACCGUUGACGUAACGUUACCGUGCGAGACGUGGACGGAAGAAAAAAGGAGCUGAGCGGGCGCCGGAAUCAGCGCAUCGUGGAGCGGCGGUGGCUGAGCCGGCGGCGACGGCAGCGGCAAGGCGGGUAUCCGCGAGCAGGCGGGGGAGGAGGACGCGCGCCCAGGCCGAAGCGGGGCCGCGGGUCGCCGGGGGAGGCGGCAGGGACCCGGCCCGAGCAGAUACUUUGAUUAGUGACCAUAUCUCAGCAUGUUGAAUCAAGUUUACCGAUGUGGGUUCCAGCCCUUCAACCACCGUCUUCUGCCCUGGGUCAAGUGCACAGCUAUCUCCAGAUCUCAUCGUGUCCAGCCUUCAGCCAUCAGACAUGUUCGUUCUUGGAGCAACAUCCCCUUUAUCACUGUGCCUCUCAGUCGUGCACAUGGCAAGUCCUUUGCCCACCGCAGUGAGCUGAAACAUGCCAAGAGAAUCGUGGUGAAACUCGGAAGUGCCGUAGUGACCCGAGGGGAUGAAUGUGGCCUGGCCCUGGGGCGCCUGGCAUCUAUUGUUGAGCAGGUAUCAGUGCUCCAGAAUCAGGGCCGAGAGAUGAUGCUGGUGACUAGUGGAGCUGUAGCCUUUGGCAAGCAACGCUUGCGCCAUGAGAUCCUUCUGUCUCAGAGCGUGCGGCAGGCCCUGCACUCAGGGCAGAAUCAGCUGAAAGAGAUGGCAAUUCCAGUCUUAGAGGCACGAGCCUGUGCAGCUGCCGGACAGAGUGGGCUGAUGGCCUUGUAUGAGGCCAUGUUUACCCAGUAUAGCAUCUGUGCUGCCCAGAUUUUGGUGACCAAUUUGGAUUUCCAUGACGAGCAGAAGCGCCGGAACCUCAAUGGAACGCUUCAUGAGCUCCUCCGAAUGAACAUCGUCCCCAUUAUUAAUACAAAUGAUGCUGUUGUCCCCCCAGCUGAACCCAACAGUGACCUCCAGGGGGUAAAUGUUAUUAGUGUUAAAGAUAAUGAUAGUCUGGCUGCCCGUCUGGCUGUGGAAAUGAAAACUGACCUCUUGAUUGUUCUUUCAGAUGUUGAAGGCCUCUUUGACAGCCCCCCAGGGUCAGAUGAUGCAAAACUCAUUGAUAUAUUUUAUCCUGGAGAUCAGCAAUCUGUGACAUUCGGAACCAAGUCUAGAGUGGGAAUGGGUGGUAUGGAAGCCAAGGUGAAAGCAGCCCUCUGGGCAUUGCAGGGUGGCACUUCUGUUGUUAUUGCCAAUGGCACCCACCCAAAGGUGUCUGGACACGUCAUCACAGACAUCGUGGAGGGAAAGAAAGUUGGUACCUUCUUUUCAGAAGUAAAGCCUGCAGGGCCUACAGUUGAGCAGCAAGGAGAAAUGGCUCGAUCUGGGGGGAGGAUGUUAGCCACUUUGGAACCUGAACAGAGAGCAGAAAUUAUCCAUCAUCUGGCUGAUCUGUUGACGGACCAACGUGAUGAGAUCCUGUUAGCCAACAAAAAAGACAUGGAGGAGGCAGAGGGGAGACUUGCAGCUCCUCUGCUAAAACGUUUAAGCCUCUCCACAUCCAAAUUGAACAGCCUGGCCAUCGGCCUGAGGCAGAUCGCAUCCUCCUCACAGGACAGCGUGGGACGUGUUUUGCGCCGGACUCGCAUUGCCAAAAACCUGGAACUAGAACAAGUGACAGUCCCGAUUGGAGUUCUGCUGGUGAUCUUUGAAUCUCGCCCUGACUGUCUGCCCCAGGUGGCAGCCUUGGCUAUUGCAAGUGGUAAUGGCUUAUUACUCAAAGGAGGGAAGGAAGCCGCACACAGCAAUCGGAUUCUUCACCUCCUGACGCAGGAGGCCCUCUCUAUGCAUGGAGUCAAGGAAGCUGUGCAGCUGGUGAAUACCAGGGAAGAAGUGGAAGAUCUUUGCCGCCUAGACAAAAUGAUAGAUCUUAUUAUUCCACGUGGCUCUUCCCAGCUAGUCAGAGACAUCCAGAAAGCUGCAAAGGGGAUUCCAGUGAUGGGGCACAGUGAAGGGAUCUGCCACAUGUAUGUGGAUUCAGAGGCCAGUGUUGAUAAGGCUACCAGGCUAGUCAGAGACUCUAAAUGUGAAUAUCCAGCUGCCUGUAAUGCUUUGGAGACUUUGUUAAUCCACCGGGAUCUGCUGAGAACACCAUUGUUUGACCAGAUCAUUGAUAUGCUGAGAGUGGAACAGGUAAAAAUUCAUGCAGGCCCCAAGUUUGCCUCCUAUCUGACCUUCAGCCCCUCUGAAGUGAAGUCCCUCCGAACUGAGUAUGGAGACCUGGAAUUGUGCAUUGAAGUGGUGGACAAUGUCCAGGAGGCCAUUGACCACAUCCACAAAUAUGGCAGCUCCCACACGGACGUCAUCGUCACAGAGAAUGAGAAAACAGCAGAGUUCUUCCUCCAUCACGUAGAUAGCGCCUGUGUGUUCUGGAAUGCCAGCACUCGUUUCUCUGAUGGCUACCGCUUCGGACUGGGAGCUGAAGUGGGAAUCAGUACCUCACGAAUCCACGCCCGGGGACCAGUAGGACUUGAGGGACUACUUACUACUAAGUGGCUGCUACGAGGCCAGGACCACGUAGUCUCAGAUUUCUCAGAGCAUGGAAGUCUAAAAUAUCUUCAUGAGAAUCUCCCUAUUCCUCAGAGAAACACCAACUGAAAAGAACCAAGAAAACCUGGGAAUGUUCCAGGAGGUCUUCAAAGUUAAACUUGUCUUGGAAGAAUCUCAGGGGAAAAGCCAGAUCUUGUCUCCCAGUUCCUGGAAGUGUCUGCCUGUUGGAAAGUGCACCCAGAUGCUUGUGGGCUCAAUUUGGCAACUUCAGUCUUGGCUAGUAUGUGUAUUCCAGCUCACCUUUUUUUAAGUAAAAAAAUAAUUGCUCCAGACAGGGACUUCACAUUGCCCAGUCCAAUUUUCUUCAAUGAUAGAAAGGUGCAGUUUCCGCUACAUAAAAGGCAAGGAAAAACCAUGGCUGCUUUUUGUCACCUCAGUGAGGUAAAAAAAGGCUCCCUUGGGAUUUUGUUGGCACUAGAUGCCAGCCACCCAUAAUAAGUCUUCUCACACUUCAUGUCAUUUCGUUUCAUUUUUUUCACACAUAGUCAUCUUCAGAAAGAAAAGAUUGGGAAUUUAGAAGAGGGGCAGCUCUUUUUAGCAUUCUCAUCAGAAACAGUCACCACAAUAGACUGAAUCAUUUCUGCUGGGACCAUUUGUAUUUAUUUGUGGGGUAAAUAAAUAAUCAUCCCAGUCACUUGCAGCUUCUCCCAGGCGGGAGGUGCUGCGUCCCUGUAAUGCAGUUGGAACCUGAGCUGCAGACAGGAGGUACGAGUCUCAGGAUGUUCCCCCCUGAGCAGGAGGAAUAUCUACAGCAAUCAUGCUUGAAAUUUUUAUAUGAAUUAUUUUGUCAUCCUAUCCUUUUCUUCAAAAACAAAAAUAAGAGGAUUAUUUUAAUACUUUAGAUUCUUCCCCCCCCCCUUUUGAAAAAUAAAGUUCUUACGAAAAG